UCCCUCUCUCGCUAUCUCUCCUUCCAUAGACGUUUAUCUCUAUCUAUUGACAUACUCAAUUUUUGCAUUUAGCAUUUAAUUGCUCACAAAAAUAAUAUGAAAAUUGGCAUCGUGUGCUUAAUGAGCAUCCUGACGACAGUCAAAGCGCAAUAUUCUUUGAAUCGUUUGGAAAACCGUAGACACUGUUCUAUACCAAAAAUAUUGCAGGGAUCAUGGUUUUCAUGGGAAACUGGUUUACCUACGCAGUACGUGAUCGAUGCUACAUCCAUGUCAAGGCGUGGUUAUUGCAUUGACAUGCAGAAACAACAAAGUGAUGAAUAUUUGUUUGUCUUUAAAGAAAGAACAGUGGAUUGUUUCCACUGCGUGAAAACCUUCGUCAGAACUUUAAAUGUGUUUGAGAAAUACGAAGGUCCAUGUGUGUCGUUACCUCCCGGUACUGAGCCUACUGUGGAAAAUGUUUGCAAAGGAAUUAAAGCGGAUCAGCAAUUGAUUACUUUGUUUAAUGAAAAUUUUGUGCCAAUAAAUUGCCGUAGUUCGCUGGAAGGUGUUUGGCAUUUUACAUAUCAAAAUCGUUUCCGUUUUACAGGCGUUUGUAAUAAACCGUACGCUCGUAUACAAUCUUGCCAAACGGCAGGCACGCAGUUUCUAAUACAAAAUCAAAAAUUUAACAUUACCUAUCAACAGUGUGAGGGAAUGGACGGAACAUUUAGCGGUACCGUAGAGUAUAGCUGCUUAGGUGAUUGGUUUGUGGGUAAAAAUCAUUACUUUGCCGUGGCUAAUACGAAGGAGUCGCGAAAAGAUGAGAAAUAUCGUUGUUUCCUUAAAAAUCGUGAUGAUGAUUUAUAUAUAGGUGUGUCCAUAACCGCGGAAUGUAAUACUUUGAAGACGCCUGAAAAUUCGCCGGAACGUUUAAAUCUUACGCCCGUCAAGGCAGAAUACGUAGAACCUGGUUGCACGCUACCACAAAAUUUUACCGGUGAAUGGGUUAAUACGGCGAAUAUUGAUGCCGAUGUAAUUAUUAGUGAAACACAUAUUAACGAAACCUAUUAUCCCGACAAGGCUCGUUACAGGCGAACGAUUUAUGUUUGUCGAGAACGUCGUGGGAAUCGUGUUAUGAUGGCCCGUCUUACUGUGGACGGCUGCCAAAAAGAUUAUGUCUGCUUUGACUUUAUGCCUCGUCAUCAUAAUGUUAUACGUUACCGUAAAGGUUUGGCUGUGAUUAAAGAUGAUUUCAGCACUGUAUGCUCAUGGGUACAAUUUAAUAAUGCUGAAGACUGGUUAUAUGAUUUAUUUUUGGCCAAAAAUCCAGCACCCGUGCGAUGCCCAGUGGCGGGCAAAUUUAAUUUCACUCAACGCGGAGAGCACCCGUUUAAGACUCGGAUAUUAGGUGGCGUUACUUUAAGCCCGCGUCCUCUUAUUUAUUGCAAAGAGAAUAUCUCCGAUUUAUCAGUAUGCGAUACGGAUCAAAAAGAGUUGGCCGUUGAUGAAAACUAUUGUCUGUCCGUUGAUCACUUAGGACGUCCAGACGACAUUUACAGCGACCCCGAUUAUCGUAUGAAAUGUAUUGGUUUUUGGAAAGAAAAUCUCAAAUCAUAUUUAAUAACUUAUGAUGAUUUAGAUCCUCUUUCGAAAUAUCGUUGUUGGGUUUACCAGCGAGCUGAUUUAAAUCGUGUGCUUAUGUCGCAAGCUGUUGGAGCAUUUUGUAAACUAAAUCAAGAUGUUACAUCUUGGAAUCAUACAGAAGGCGCCGCUGUCGCCAUUGAUGCCAUUGAAUAUGAACGUGAACGUGACGAUUGCCCGAUGUAUUUUGAUGAUGGCCAAGAUCCCUGGCGUCUCUCGGAUGCUGCCAAUAUUAUAUUUGAUUGGAAUUUGUAUAAAGCCGGAUCAAAUCGUUUACAUAGUCUAAUUACUUCUCCUGAGUUACUUAUAUUGUACAUAAGCUUUUUAUAUACCAAUUUUUAGAUAGUUUUCAUUCUUAAUUCCAUUCCACUUUUUUAAAAAGUAAGUGAAACAAAAGUUUAACAAAAAACCAUGCAUUCUUAAAAGAAAUCCGUCCACAGAAUGCAUGCGUUUUAAAAAAAUGUGUCCAAAGUGUCUUAUUAGCAUUAUUAAGAAAAACAAUUCCGUCCUCAUGAGCGAACAAACACAAAAAAAGA